AAUCAUCAAACCAAGGUUUAAGAGUUUGACUCCUCCAUAGAAAACAUGGUAAGUUCCUACAACAAAACUGUCUUCUAAUGUAGAUGAUGCAUUGAUUCUGUUUAUGUUCGGUUUUUACAUCCACCGAUUAAAAAGGUUGUAAACAUGUGGAUGAACAUAUAGUGAUAUGUUAAAAGAUUUCAUAUCAGAAACUAAUAAGUAGUGUGUUAUUUGGUUUGGAAGUGUGAAACAUGGAUAGGGUUUAUGCAUAAAUUGACUUCGCAAGGAUAUGCUAUGAUUCCAAAUGUUGUGUGUGUGUUUGUGUGUGUGUGUGGUGCAGGCGAAUUCAGCGUCUGGGAUGAAUGUGAGUGAUGAAUGCAAGAUAAAGUUCUUGGAGUUGAAAGCAAAGAGGACUUACAGGUUCAUCGUGUUCAAAAUCGAUGAGAAGGCACAGCAAGUGGAGAUAGAAAAGCUUGGGAAUCCAGAAGAAACUUACGAUGAUUUUACAAGUUCGAUCCCUGAUGAUGAAUGUAGAUACGCUGUCUAUGACUUUGACUUCACCACCGAGGAUAACUGUCAGAAGAGCAAGAUCUUUUUCAUCGCCUGGUCACCAGAUACAUCAAGGGUGAGGAGUAAGAUGUUGUACGCAAGCUCAAAAGACAGGUUCAAGAGAGAAAUGGAAGGGAUUCAAGUGGAACUGCAAGCAACAGAUCCUAGCGAGAUGAGCCUUGACAUCAUCCAAGGACGAGUCAAUAAUCUCUGAAGCAACAACAUUUCUAAAAUGCAGAUUCGUUUCAAAUCUUAAGCUUUUUCUAUCUAUGAUUUUUUUUUGUUCUUUCUGCUUUUGCUUGUUUCGUUCUUUUUGCAAAUUGUGUGGAUUUUUCAGUGGUCUUUGAUUAAUUGUUUUGUUAAUCUUCACAAGAAAAAAAGAAAAAAAGGAUAAUUUAA